AUGUCCGUUCUGGCAUUCAACGAUGCGAACUCUGUUCAUUACUCUUGGUUGCAACGUUUUGCUGGAAAUAUCAUUCGUUACGGUUGUACAAGUCGUCUAAGACAUAUUGCAAUUGUCAUGGAUGGCAAUCGUCGUUUCGCUCGCGAACACAAUUUCGAACGUGCACGUGGUCAUACGCUGGGCGCAGAAAGAUUAUUCGACGUAUGUCAAUGGUGUCAUGAUCUAGGCAUCAAUGAAUUGAGUGUUUAUGCGUUCUCACUUGAGAAUCUUAAACGGUCGCAAGACGAAAUCGAUACAUUAAUGGAUAUCGCACGUGUGAAAUUGAAUGAAAUCGAAAAAUCUUUGGACAAAAUCCAUGAACAACAAAUCUGCAUACGAAUUGUUGGAAAUUUAGAUUUAUUACCCGAAGAUAUACGCCAAUCCAGUUAUCAUUUAAUGAAAGAGACGGAUCAUUACAAAAGCUUCAUUUUAAACGUUUGCUUCUACUACACAUCUCGAAAUGAAAUCGCAAAUGUUCUACAAGACUUAGCCAAAGGUUGUGAGAAGAAUCUAUUACAAAUCGACGACAUUGAUGACGAUUUAAUCAUUCAAAGUCUAAUUGCAUCAACGAGUCAAACAGGUCAUCUACCCGAUGUUUUUCUUCGUACUUCCGGCGAAUUACGUUUGAGCGACUUUAUGUUAUUACAAUGUCGAUUUUCCAUGUGGAUUUUUGCUGAUGUCUAUUGGCCUGCAUUUACCAUUUGGCAUUUAUAUUGGAUUAUUUUACAAUACGAAAUGAAAUCGAAAACAUUAGUCAACGUUCAAAAUCAAUGUAAAACGAUUCUCCAACAAACAAAAUCGUUGGAUGAGCAAAAAAUCGAACGAAUUCAAGUUUAUCUUAGUUGGCUUGAACAACGGAGAAUUGAACGAAUAAAAUUGUAG